GACGGAGAAAGCGCGCACCCCGGUUUCCAGCUUCAUGGGGCCUUGGGUCUUCGGGUUGAGGCCCGGUCCGCGGCAGGGAUGAGGAGGAGCACACACACAGAACUCACGGACACUUCGGGAUCGAACGGGAGGCUAAGAGGCACGCCAUGAAGAAAGGGAAGAGAAAGAGGGAGGGUAGUGGUGGAAUCGGUCUCGUGACUUGAGGUGCUGUCACAUGACUCCAUGGCUUCUGGGAAGGAGAAGAGAGAGUAAGAAGAGAGAAGCUGGAGUAGUAGGAAAUAGCCCCGACUUGCUUCUGCUGCCUAACCAUGGGGACCGUACUGGACAUUAAGAUCAAAAGAGCCAAUAAAGUAUAUUACGCCGGGGAAGUGCUCUCUGGUGUGGUAGUUAUAUCUAGCAAAGAUUCAGUACAACACCAGGGAAUUUUAUUAACAAUGGAAGGACUGGUGAAUCUGCAGCUCAGUGCCAAAAGUGUUGGUAUGUUUGAAGCUUUCUGUAACUCUGUUAAGCCUAUCCAAGUUAUUAGCAGUUCAGUAGAAAUUGUGAAACCAGGAAAAUUUCCCAGUGGCAAAACGGAAAUUCCUUUUGAGUUCCCUCUGCAUGUGAAGGGCAACAAAGUUUUAUAUGAGACCUAUCAUGGUGUGUUUGUCAACAUUCAGUAUACCCUCCGCUGUGACCUGAGACGAUCUCUUUUGGCCAAGGACUUGACAAAGAUAUGUGAAUUCAUCAUUCAUUCUACUCCUCAGAAGGGUAAAUCAACUCCAAGUCCUGUGGAUUUUACUAUUACACCUGAAACCUUGCAAAAUGUUAAAGAGAGAGCUUCUCUCCCCAAAUUUCUCAUCAGAGGACAUCUGAACUCAACCAACUGUGUUAUUACACAGCCACUAACAGGGGAGCUAGUGGUUGAAUACUCAGAAGCUGCCAUUAAAAACAUAGAAUUGCAGUUGGUACGAGUGGAAACCUGUGGUUGUGCAGAAGGAUAUGCCAGAGAUGCCACAGAGAUUCAGAAUAUCCAAAUUGCUGACGGUGAUGUUUGUAGGAGUCUUUCUGUUCCCAUAUAUAUGGUAUUCCCUAGACUUUUCACUUGUCCUACCCUUGAAACUACUAAUUUCAAAGUUGAAUUUGAAGUUAAUAUUGUGGUCCUACUUCAUGAUGAUCACCUCAUCACAGAGAAUUUUCCACUAAAACUCUGCAGAAUUUAAAGAAGGAAGAUAAAAGUUUGGAGAAAUUAAGCAAUCAAGGAGAAUUUCGAAGAGUUGAUAGACUGUUACUUGGACUAAAAGUUUAUAAAUAUAUACUUGUUUUUCUUUAUUAUUUUGAUCAGAAUGAACUUAAUACCCUAGAAAGUAUAACAUGUAUUUUUUCCUUUUGCUUGAUGUUUCUAGAGCAUAUGAUUUUUUUAGUCACUAGGUUGAGGCAUAUAUUUUCUUUGAUAUUCAAGGAUCUUAUUAGUGUUGAUUAAUAACAUUACCUGGCAGGAAAAAAAAAAUGUUAUUUGUACUUAGACUUAAAUUUUUUUCUCUAGCAUUACAUUGGAGAGUUUUGUAAUAAUUGAAGAUCUUUCAGUGCUCUGGUAGUGCUCUAAGUCUAUAAAUUGCAGAGAAGAUACAAAUCUUUGUCACCUGGACUUCUAUGAAUCCAGUCCCUGUACCGUCCUAAAUAUCUCCCAGAAUUGCCACCAAGGACUACUAUAACUCCAGGACAAAGAGUUUUUAGCUCAAAAUAUAAUUCCAGUCACCGUAAGGAAACUGAGAAAAACUGUGCUUAAUGCUGGUAAAGUGCUUAAUAAAGUCAUCUCAGAGUAGAUAGUGAUCAUUGCAUCCAAUUCUUGGUUCUGACACAGACUUACUGCCUCUUUGACUUCAGGAAAGUCAUUUUACCUCACAGUGUCCCAACCAACCCACUGAAAUUAUACAUUAACUAAUCAUCAGCUAAUCUCCAUUGGUUGAAAUGAAUUCCACAUCAGAAGUCUUACAAAAAUAAUAUCACAGAUUCAGACUCCUCCCUUUUUUACCCUUAAAAAUAUAUUUAGAGACAAAGUAAUAUGUUGGCCACAUAGGAGGAAUAAAGCAUUUAUUAUAUGCUCUAGGAAGUUGUAAGUAUAUGUUGGUUCUUUCAUGAACCUUUCAAUGACUUUGUUUUUCAAAGAUCUCUUAAAGAAGCCAUUAUAUGCUCAAAAAAUUUUUUACUGUGUGCAGAGCACUGUGACCCAAGCGCUGUGGAUAUAGAUAAAAAGCAAGAUGACCCUUGCUCUCAAAGAGCUCACUUUCUAAUGGAGGAGACAAGUUCAGUUACACAUCUACAAGUCAGGUGGAAGAGUUCCGUAGUUGUUAAGAGUGCAGCGGCAACUGUGGGCUUAGCUAUUCUAAUCCAUACAGUGAUCCAAGGCAAUUCCAAAAGACUUGAAAAGAAAAAAGCUAUUUCCAGAGAGACUACUGAUGAACUCUGAAAAUAGAUUAAAGCAUACUUUUUUCAUUUACUUAAAUUUUAUUUAAUGCUUUUUAAAAAAUACUAUGACUAAUGUGAAAAUGUUUUUCAUGAUUUCACAUCUACAAUUGAUAUAUUGCUUGCCUUCUAAAUAAGUUGGAGAGGAAGAAGAUAAUUGUAACUCAAAAAAAGUUUUAAAUAAAUGUUAAAUAAAAUUAAUUUUUUUAAUUAGCAAAGGAUACCUAAACAUUGAAUAUAUGCCAAUAAAUAUGUUGACCUAUUAAAGUCAUGACCAAAAAAAAGGAAAUAUUUUAUAAUUGUGUUCAUAUACUUCCUUAGUUGUGUCUUGGUAGGUUGACUCCUAAAUAUUUCAUACUAUCUGUAAUUAUUUUAAAUAAAAUUUCCCUAUUUCUGCUGGAUUUUGGUGAAAAUUGCAAAAAUACUGAUAAUUUCCAUGGGCUUAUUUUAUGUCCCGCAACUUUGCUUAAGUUAAUUGUUUCAAUUAUUUUUCUAGUUGAUUGUCUAGAGGUUUUUAUAUAAAUCAUCAUUUUGUUUCUUCUUUGCCUGUGAUGAUAACUUUCAAAUUUUUUUUGUCAUUAAUAGUUUAUCAAAAUGUGAAAGAUGCAUACAUCAUUGACAAACUACUCAAGCAGUUUAUUACUCAGAAAAUCAACUUAUAUAAAAAUAAUCAACACAAACGGAAGCUUAAAAAAUAUUUUGCUUGAUUUUAAGGAAAUGAAUGUACUUAUCCUCACUACACAAGGACAUUUUAAAGAUUCAAGACAAGGUUUCUAACACUAAGAUCUCAUAUGCACCAACAGAAAGUUAGAUUCACUAAGGUAAAAGUAAAGUUUUCUUUGAGGAAGAAAUACAUAUUUCAAUUUCAUUUUGCCUUAAGUAGUGGUCACCUAGUUUAUAAAGUGAAAGUUAAAACCUAUUUCAUAACUACAUACGUGAAAUGGUUCAAGAACAUAUGACUAGAAGAUAAUGAAAUACAGUAGAAAAAUUACUAGUUUUGAAGUUAAAAUAACUGACUUCAACAUUUAUGAAAGCCUCUUAUGUGCCAGUCACUGUGUUAAGUGCUGAAUGCUUACUCUAGCCCUCACUUAAUCUGUAAAUUGAUGAGCUAGUAUGAAUAUUUUUGUGCAUAUAAGUCUUCCUUAUUUCUUUGAUUUCUUUAAAAUAUAGACUAACUGGUAUUGUUGGGUCAAAAAAAUACAUGGUUCUAUAGCCCUUUGAGCAGAGUUCUGUAUUUUUUUUCCCAGAAUGAUUGGACCACUUUACAACUUUAUUGACAAUGUAUUAGUAUCCUAUUUUCUCACACCAGUAUUUUUUCAGUAGUUGCCAUUUUCCAUUUUCUGCAAUACUACCUCAAAUACCUCAAAAUUGGCUUAAUUUGCAUUUUUUCCAACAAUGAUUUAGAGCAUUUUUCAUAAGAUAAUUAAUACCUUUGAAAAUUGCCUAUUCAUGUUCUUUGGACAUUUAUCAAUGGUAGAAUUAUUUUUAUAUUUGGUUCAGUUCCCCAUAGAUUUGAAAUAGAAAACCUUUAUCAGAAAAAACUUCUUAUAAAAUUUUUCUCCCAGUUUCCUGCCUCUAAUAUUGGUUGCAUUGGUUUUGUUUAUUCAAAAGUUUUUAGAUUUCAUGCAAGCAAAAUUAUUUAUUUUACUUCUUGUGUGAUCCUCUAUCUUGUUUGUGAUCCUCUAUCACAAACUCUUCCUUUAUCUAGACAUCUGACUGGCAAAUUUUUCCAUGCUCCCCUAAUUUGCUAAUGAUAGUUCACCUUUUAUAUCUAAACUAUGCUGAAUUUCUACUUGACUGCUUUUCAGGUUGGAGUUCUUGUACUAAAAAUUUGGAUCUUUAGAUUUAUCAAGCACUAGAUUACUCUGAUCAUUUACUUAGGUAAAUCAUAUUACUGUGUUAAUAAAUUUCUCUGAUCCACUACUCUUGUUUCUUAGCCAUACCAAAUUAUUUUGAUAAUUAAUCUUUUGUAAUAUUCUAGUAUGGCUGGGCCACCUUCAUUCAUUUUUUUUUCAUUUAUUCCCUUGAUAUUCUUGACUUCUUGCUUUUUUGAAUUUAAUUUUUUGGUUUUGGGGAAUUAGGUUGGCAAAACACUGAAUAAAUUAAUUUAGGUAGAGUUGUCAUUUUUUUACUAUAUUGGCUCAGCCUACCCAUGAGCAAAUAUUUCACUAAUUUCUAAAUUUGUUUUUAUUUGUAUGAAAAGAUUAGUUACUAGAUUUGUCUUGGCAAGUAUUUUAUGUUAUCUUCAGUUAUUUUAAAUGGAAUUUCUCUUUCUAUCUUUUCUUGCUGGGUUUUUAAGUAAUGUAUAGAAAUGCUGAUGAAUAAUGUGGGUGUAUUUUCUGCUACUUUUCUAAUUGUUAAUUCUUUCAACUAGCUUUUUAGUUGAUUCUCUAGGGUUCUCUAGUUAUACUAUCUUUUCUCUGAAGUGCGAUGAUUGUCUUUCUUCCUUUAUUCUUAUUCUUCAAUUUCUUUUUUUUUCUUAUUGCUAUAACUAGAAUUUCUAGAAUAAUAUUGAAUAAUAGUGAUGAUAACAAGUGUUCCUUGCUUUACUCUUGUUCUUAGGAAGAUUUCUAGUUUUUCCUGGUUAAAAAUAAAAUAAUGGCUAUUUAA